AUGAAGUCUCCGCUGCCACCGUCCAGCGGCAACAGCAGCAGGUCUUGCGCUCGGUCGCACCUCCGCGGUGUGGAGAAGCUUGGUCUCCUGCUGGCGCAUUGUCAUCAAGCUGGAUGUGCCGCGACCCUGGCCUUGCUGCCGGGGCUAACUAUUGAGACGGUUGUCUCCGGGUUCGCGCUGCGGCUCAAUGUUGAAGGACACACGUGGUUCAGCCUCUCUUUGAGAAAGGGAGCACGCGGUCGGCGUAUUUAUGACAUCACGAAUGUCCUGGAGGGGAUCGGCUUGAUCCACAAGACCUCCAAGAACCACAUCCAGUGGAAGGGGAAGGGGGACGGUUUGGGAGAGGGCAAAACUGUGGAGGAGAACGAAGUGCAAGAGGAGAUCCACGAGCUGGUGGACCAGGAGGCGAGGGUGGAUCAGCUCAUCGCCCACGUCAAGGAGCAGCUCAAGAAGCUGCCGAACGAAUCGAACAAGCCCUCUGGCGAUAUGUUCCUCCACCAGCAAGACAUCCGCGGGUUGCCGUGCUACAAGAAUAACACUGUCAUGGCGAUACGCGCGCCAGCGGGAACAACUCUCGAGGUGCCCGAUCCUGACGAGGGCAUGCCUCAGGGGGAGCGGCGGUACCAGAUUUACCUCAAGAGCCCGUCGGGUCCGAUCGAUGUCUACGUCGUCAGCCAGGUUGACGAACGAAUCGAGCCGGGCCCGGAAGACGAUGACGGCGAUGUGGAGGAGGAGGCAGGGGGGAAUGGCGAAGUAGGCGGCGACGACGGGACACGAGCAGAUAAUAACCACCGCCGACACCAAACCGAAGAACAGAAUCCCCAUCCCCACCAAGAGAACAAGGCUCGUAAGCAAAAGCAGAACCACCGAUCAGCUAGCGCGCACGACCCUUCGGGUUUCCACAGAGGUCAGGAAGACCCCCGGGCUAGACAUAGUCGGUUACAAAGGCAGCAGCAGCAGCGGCAGGAGGGAAUCAGGGAGCGGGGGGAGGGGGUCGAUGUGGCAGGGCGGCAUUCCCCCCCCGCGGGACAGCAAACGCCGGGUAGGUUAGGAGGGUCGGGAAGCACGGCAGCGGUGGCAGCGGCGGCGGCGGCGGCGGCGGCGGCGGCAGCAGCAGCGGUUGGGGGGAGCACGCCAGCUAGAGGGGGAGCGGGCGCGGAGUACCCUGCGCUCACUCAGGGAGAGCUGUCUUCCCCCCCCCCCGGAGGGUAUCGAGGUCUCAUGUUUCCGACAAGCGCGCGGCAGUCACCGGGGCCCGGUCUAGGCGUUGGAUUGGGGCUAGGCUUGACACCGCUCAUGACGAAGCUAUCCCCGUGCAAGGAAGUCUUCCCCGCUGAUGUCGAAAUUAAUUCUAUUGUGCGCGUAGCGACUAUGAUCAAGUUUGGCCUUGCGGAGCGGGAGUCAGUGCCCGGACAGUUUCAGGACGGAGUGCAGAGUGACACCCUCCCUCGUCAAACGUGGUUCUCUGCGCGAAAUAUUUACUCUAGGAACAGAAUAUGGAAUGUAUUCUACACGCUGUUGCACGUAUAGGUACGCUUGUUGAUCGGUGUCUAGGGCCCUUGAUUUGGUGGUGUUGUAUGGCAUUCAU